AUGGGUAGAAAGAAAAUUAAGAUCCAAAGAAUUCCAGACGAAAGAAAUCGUCAAGUUACAUUCAACAAAAGAAAGAAUGGCUUAAUUAAAAAGGCAAUGGAAUUGGCAUUACUCUGUGACUCUACAGUUUCUCUUGUCAUUGUAAAUAAUUCACCAAAUGCCAAAGAGAAAUAUUUCCAAUAUAUUAGUUCUGGUUUACCAUCACCAAUGGAAUCAAUUCCAGAUUUGGGUCCAGAAAUUUCCCAAAAGUUUACUGACCAUGACUAUGAUAAAAUAUUUAAUAAAAAAGAAAAAGGUGACUUUAAUGAUGACUAUAUUGGUGGCGAUACAGCAUCACACUCUGAAGAAGAGGAUCAUAAAUCACCAUCAUCGACACCAGAAUUAUUAGGAUACAAUCACCAUAAUCAUCAUCAUCACCACCAUCAAUAUAAUAAUAAUAGUAAUAAUAAUAAUAAUAAUCAUAAUAAUAACCAUAAUAACUAUAAUAACAGUAAUAAUAUAAAUGGACACAAUAAUCAUUAUAAUCACAAUAAUUUGAAAUUAAAUAGUAAUAAUAAUAAUAAUAAUUCUCAAUUUAAUAGCAGUCAACAUAUAAAUAAACCAAUUUUAUCAAUAAAACCAUCCCAAACUCAAGAAAAUCAUAAUCAUUAUAAUAAUUAUAGUUCACAUUUAUCUAAUAAUAAUAAUAAUAAUAACAGUAGCAAUAAUAAUAAUAAUAGCAACAACAACAACAAUAAUAAUAAUAAUAAUAAUACAAACAAUAAUAAUACAAAUAAUAAUAAUAAUAAUAAUAAUAAUAAUAAUAAUAAUAAUAAUAAUAAUAAUAAUAAUAAUAAUAAUAAUAAUAUGUCUCCAAUUGGAUCACCACCAAGCAAAUGUCAACAAGUACCAGCAUUUGAUUCGACUCAAGCAACACAAGCUUUACUCUCUUUACAUAAUGCUUCAAAAUUAUUUUGCUCAUCACCAGAAGAUACCUCACCAAUGACAUCACCAAGAACUCCACCAUUUUCAUCAACCAAUACAAAUACUUUACAAACAUCACCAAAUAGCCAACAAAAAUCAAAAUCUUUACCACCUCUCAUUUUUAAUGAAAAUAAUAAUCAAAAUAAUAAUAAUCAAAAUAAUAACCAAAAUAAUAAUAAUAAUAAUAGCAAUAAUACGAACACGAAUAAUAAUAAUCAAAAUAAUAGUUCAAGAAGUAUUUUAUUACCUCCAAUCAGUUUAUAUAAUAGUAAUAGUAAUAGUAAUUCUUCCUCAACUUUAACAAGUCCAACUUCUUCAUCUUCAAAUCUAAAUGAUGAUUUAUUUUUGAAGAAAAGAAAAUUGGAAUUGAUUCAUUAA